AUUUUAACCUUUAACUUUAACAAAAUUACAAAAUUAUCAAUACCAAAUAAAAAAAUCAAUGCCUAUAGCUUGCUCCUCUCAUCAAACAUUCUUUAUUGUUUGGACCGGCCGGUUCACCGGUUCAACCGGUUGAACCGGUCAAACCGGGAACCGGACCUGAAAACGGUUCAAUGACCGGUCCGGUUUUGAAAACAUUGAUAAUAAGUAGGACACGACACAGGAUUUUCCUCGGUUUUUCCGAAGAAGAAAAUACUAAAGAAGUGGGAAAAUCCUGUUCUAGCGCGACUCCAUCAAGGAAGAUGACCGCUCUCACCACCUCAUUCGUUUCCAUCAACAAUCCUCAAAGCAAGCUCGUUCAUGGUGCUUUGAGGACAGUGGAUCAAUGUCUUUUCAGCACAAAUGCAAAACCCAGUCCGUGUAGAAAGUCACUCGCCAUUCGAGCAGGGUAUGUAUGUUAUUCUGUUUUGGAAAUGGGAUGUCUCAUUCUUGUUGCAUUUCUUUCUAUUUUCUUGUUUCUUAAUUGCUUAACUAUUUUUAUCAAUGACUGCUUGUGGGUAACCCUUUUUCUUUCCUAUUUGUUUGACUGUUGAAGUUCUUCCAGCGUGAAUGGGAUGCAUUUCCUCUGGCAUUAGUUGUGUAUUCAGAUUGGAUGUUAUUAAGAAGCUGUCAAGAAAUAUUUAUCUUUUUUCUUCUCUUAAUGAUCUGUGUGGCGUCAUGUUAGUGCUCUCAGAGCUCUUGUAAAGCCUUUUCAUGUUAAUUAUUCUUCAUAUGGAUCCUUGUCAUGUCAGCUGUUUAUAUUUGUUUGCAAACGCUUGCUUUCUUUCUGAGUUCAGUAGGGAUGGUGGAAGAGAGGGUAGUGCAGCUCUCUUUGUUGGUAGCUUUAUAUUGGGAGGACUAGUUGCUGGAACAUUGGGAUGUGUGUAUGCUCCCGAGAUUAGCAAGGCGCUAGCAGGAGUUGACAGAAAAGGUUUGAUGAAAAAGCUGCCGAAAUUUAUAUAUGAUGAAGAAAAGGCCUUGGAGAAAAACCGACAAAUACUGGAAGAUAAGAUUGCGCAACUCAAUUUUGCCAUAGACGAUGUUUCUGCUCAGCUGCAUGCAACUGAUACCAGAAGUUGAGAUGCUGUCCGUCCUGUGAAAUUGAAGCUUUAACUGUGACUUGAACUAGAAAAUAAGGUUCAAUUCCACCUUUUCCUGUAAGAUCUACGAAUGGAUGAUAGACUCCUUUCCUUCCCUAAAGACAUAUUACAUUUUUACUUUGUUCAUGAAAACUAGAGAGCAUAUAUUUGCUUUUACACUUUGAGGGACAGCAGGAUGCAUUUACUGACAGAAAACUAGAGAGCAUAUGUCGACCCUUUUCUCACUUGCCAAAGUCAAUUCAUGA